CGGCUGCAGGGCGCGGCCUGUCCGGCAGGGGGCGUGGGCGGCGUGCGCGCCCCUGAGUCCGCCUCCAGCCCCGCAGGCAGCCGGACGCUUCCUCGCCGCCUCUCCGUCCCUCUCCGGCCCCUCGGGUGGCUCUCGGUCCCCGGCAUGGCAGCGCCCGCCGACUCCGGCUACAUCCGCACUGUCCUCGGGCAGCAGAUCCUGGGCGAGCUGGACAGCUCCACCUUGGCGCUCCCCUCCAGGCUCUCGGGCGGCCGAGCCGAGGCUCAGAAGUCGCUCCGCAUCCAGCGGCAGGUCCAGCAGACCCUGGCCAGGAAGAGCCGCGGCUCCUUGGUCAACGGGAGUCUGCAUCGGGCCACCAGUGUUCCAGAAUAUGUGUAUAAACUAGACACAACUGAAACUGAUUUUCCUUCAAGGCCUUCUUUUGGAACAUCAUAUUAUCAAUCUCAUCAGGUAGGUUCCCAAAGUAGUUAUGAAAAUGGCUGGGGGCCUAGAAUCCUUCCAUAUAUUUCAUACAGAACAACAGAAGACAAGUCUCAAAGGCAACCCUUGAAGAGAUUAGAGGUUUCCCCUAAUGGCAGUCCCGACAAGCCAGUUUUCUUCCAGAAUGACUACCAGUACAACAGGGGGCUAACCAUAAGGCAUGGAGAAAGCAAGAGGUCCAGUGUCAUGCCUCCAAGAUACGCUCGGUCUGAGAUCGUUGGCUAUGCAACUCAUAAUGGUGGGAACCGAGGGUAUAGUACUCAAAGACACUUCUAUAUUGGGCCUCCUAAUGAAACUGUGGUUGAUAGUGCCCCUAACAGCCCAAGAGCUCCAAUUUAUCAGCGAAUUGGGAACAGUCGGAGCAUGAACAACCUUUUGGAGAAAGAGAGCUACCUGACAUCUGGUUCUGCCGUGGGACAAGUCCGAAACCCUGUUGCUUCCCAAAUUGGAUCUCAGCAAAAGCAGUCUAUCAGAUCCAGCUGGCACCAGAGUACCUUCAGAUCUCAGAACACAAAGGAGGCUUCUCAACCAACUUCACCCACCAGCGGCACUACAGAGACAAGAUUUGCAAUGACCGCAGCUGAGGCAGCUGCAAGACGAAAUGGUUUUGUAGAGCACGAGAGGGGAGUUGGCACCGGAACCCAGCCUGGGAAUAAAGAAGGAGACAUGACUCUGGAGCGGGCAGUCAGUAUACUGCAAACUGAAAAUGCUUUGUCUCCCCGAGUUCUCGCAGCAAUUGUUUACAUACAGCAUGAGAGCUUCCAAAGAGCAGAGGCCAGAAGGACAGUUUAUUCACUUGGUGGUAUCCCCAAACUGGUGGAACUUCUGAAUGUACAGAAUGAGGAUGUGCAGAGAGCAGCAUGUGGAGCUUUGAGGAAUCUGGUGUAUGAAGACAAUGAUAACAAACUGGAAGUGUCAGAACAAAAGGGGAUCUCUGUCCUGCUAAGGCUGUUACGGCAAACUCAAGAUGUGGAGACUAAAAAGCAAAUCACAGGUUUAUUAUGGAAUCUCUCCUCCAAUGACCAGCUGAAGCAUUUACUGAUUCGAGAGGCCUUGAAACCACUGACAGAAACCGUCCUCAUCCCUUACUCAGGAUGGCCAGAUAGAGAUUAUACAAAGUCAAGCAUCUUACCAGAUCCUGAUAUCUUCUACAAUUCUACAGGAUGCCUGAGAAACAUGAGCUCUGCUGGCCCCGAGGGGAGGAAAAAGAUGAGAGAAUGUGAUGGAUUGAUUGAAUCACUCGUGUAUUACAUCCAAGGAACCACGGCAGACCACCAGCCAGAUGAUAAGGCCACUGAGAACUGUGUGUGCAUCCUUCAUAACCUCUCCUAUCAAUUAGAGUCUGAGCUUCCUAGUAGUUAUACCCACAAUAUCUAUAUGCAAAAAAGAGAUGUUCCUUCCAAUAACAACAGCAUUGGAUGUUUUGGAACCAAAAGCAGGAAAGCAAAGCAGAAGCAGCAGGACCUGCCACUCCCUGAAGAAAAGAGUGUCCCCAGUGGCAUUGAAACACUCUGGCAUUCCACACUGAUAAGAAUAUACCUGUCUUUAAUAGCCAAAAGCACAAGAAACUACACCCGGGAAGCCUCACUGGGAGCUCUGCAGAACCUCACAGCAGGCAGUGGCCCAAUGCCAUUUGGGAUAGCCUAUAUUAUUGUCAAGAAGGCUAAUGGACUCCCAAGUAUUCGAAACAUGCUGCACGUGAGCAGCGCAAGUGUCCGAAAAACUGCUGUUUCUCUUCUCAGGAACUUGACUCGUAACACCUCUCUGCAGAAUGAGAUAGCCAGAGAAGUCUUGCCUGAUUUGGUUGCCAUUCUUCCGGAUUCUGUGCCGACAACUGAUGUGGCCAAUGAGACUACUGCUUCUGCCUGUUAUGCGUUAUACAACCUGACUCAGAACAACUCCCAGAAUGCUCGCCUCCUCCUGAACUCUGAUGGGAUCUCAAAGAUUAUGAACAUCAGCACAAGUGAAAGCAAAGCUGGUAGAGCUGCUUCAGUCCUGUUGUAUUCUCUGUGGUCUCACACCGAUCUUCACAGUGCCUACAAAAAGGUUAACUUCAAGAAGACGGACUUCAUCAAUAACCGGACAUUAAGAGCCUAUAAUUCACUAAAAGACUGAAAAGCAAACUACAAGGACCUUAGAGACUGAUGAGAUUAUACAGAACCAUUAAAGCCCUAUUCUUGGCACUAAUUCACCAGCAAGAACUGCACAGCAUCCUACAAGGGAGACCACUUUUAUAUUUUCAAAGGAUAAAAUAUUCUCUGCCUUAUUACAUUGUUUCUUACUGCUUUUGAACUCAAUACAUGAUUUGUAAAUCUCAAUGCAACUCUAGUUUCAGUCUAGCCAAUAAUUUUAGUUUGACAGACUGACAGCAAUUAUAUUGGUCCAGUUUUGGCCACGCCAAUUUCCUUGUUUUGUUUUGUACUAUGGAAAAUUAAUAACGAAAUAAUAUGGGUUUUGAAACUUCCUUUUGCUUUCCCGCCUGCUAAAACUGACUAUUAAUAAUACAAAAUUGUCUGUGUAGACCUUUAGAAAAAGCAGGCAAAUUCUCAUAAAACGUUCUUUGGUUAUGACAUUUUCUCAGGUUGUAAUUUUUCAGCAGAAUUACUUUGCUUUGUGCAUGCAUGUUUGCUAAAACCUCAUUUGCUAACAGUAUGGAAUUGAAUUCUGUAUUGGAAGAGUUAUGUUUAAAAUACCUACAAAAUUAGAA